AUGGAGGAGGAGAUCUUGAGCACUGUUUCAAACUCAGGAGCAUUUGCAGCUCCAGAAGGCUCAGAUGCAAACAGUAGCAGCAACCUGGACCGGCCGAACAAGCGUCAACGAGAUGAACACUCCACAUCCUCGGCCUCUAGAUUUAAAGGCGUAGUGAUGCAGCAGAAUGGGAACUGGGGUGCACAAAUCUACGCCAACCACCAAAGAAUCUGGCUGGGAACAUUCAAAACAGAGCAGGCUGCAGCGAUGGCCUACGACAGUGCUGCCAUCAAGCUUCGCAAAGGAUAUUCGCACAGGAAUUUCCCAUGGACUGACAUUGCCGCCCAGGAGCCUUUCUUCCAGGAUCUCCACACCACCGAUAAAAUCCUGAACAUGAUCAAGGAUGGGUCGUACCAGUCAAAGUUGAUGGAGUUCAUCAUGAACCAAUCUUCACAACUGGGUAAUCCGUUGAGCAUCAAAGGCGGAGCGAAUGAAAGAGGUAUAUUACGUCAAGAACUCUUCCACAAGGAGCUGACACCCAGCGACGUUGGUAAGCUGAACAGGCUUGUCAUCCCUAAGAAGUAUGCUGUGGCAUACUUUCCUCUAGCUCCCGAAGCUACAUUUGAAGAGAAUGAGGAUGGUGGCAAGGUGGAGGCGAUGGAGCUUACAGUCCGUGACAGUGAGCUCAAACUGUGGAAAUUCAGAUAUUGCUACUGGAAGAGUAGCCAGAGCUUUGUGUUCACGAGAGGGUGGAACCGGUUUGUCAAGGAGAAAGAAUUGAAAGCUGGUGAUACCGUUGUCUUUUACAUGUGCCAAUACACAGAAGCCUCCAAAGAAGUAAGGUCAUUUUGCAUGAUUGAGACUCAGAGUAUUGGAGGUGCAAGAGAUCGUGGACAAAUUAUGGAUGGAGAGAGUUCUGAGCGUUCAUUGGAUGGGGAUGGGGAAGGUCAUGGAAGAGUGGAGAAGGGAAUUAGACUUUUUGGAGUAGAAAUCAAUUUUCACAGAAGGAGGGCCACUUGCAUUUGUGUUCAAAAGUUCAGGGGAGGUAAAGGUGAUUGCUACUACCAAACUUCAAGGGAGCUUAUAGCAAUGGUCAGAGUUUCAAGGGAGCUAGAUAGGCCUCAGAACAGCCAAGACGCUCAACGAGAUUAUUCUGAUGAACAAUGGUUCUGCUCAUGUGUUCUAAAAGAGAUUGGUUUGUUCAAUCGUUCCUGA